AUAGAUCAUAGUUCAAUUACUUAUCAUUCGGAAAUCCCUUUAGAAAUAUCCAACUCUCCCGAUCCAUAUUUGAUUCUUGGUGUUGAUGAAGCUGGAAGAGGACCAGUUUUGGGUCCAAUGGUUUAUGGGAUAUCAUAUUGUAAGAAGGAAUUCUCUUCUGUUUUAAGUUCUAAAAAAUACGGAUUUAAUGAUUCAAAACAAUUGACCGAACAUAAAAGAAGUUAUUUAUUGUCGAAAAUAUGCGAGAAUGAAAGUGAAUUAUUUAAAAAUGUAGGUUGGGCAACAAAAACUCUCACUGCUCGUGAUAUUUCAUCGGGGAUGUUGAAACCAAUUAAUAAUAACAAUGGAAAUGGUAAUUCUGCAUUUAAUUUGAAUGAACAAGCUCACGAUGCAACAAUCAAUCUAAUUCAAGAAGUUUUGGACAAAGGCUUAAAUAUAAAAGAAGUUUAUGUUGAUACAGUUGGGCCUCCUGCUAGUUAUCAAACUAAGUUAUCCAGAAGAUUUCCAAAUGUAAAAUUCACUGUGACUAAAAAAGCUGAUUCGUUAUUUCCUAUAGUUAGUUGUGCCUCAGUUGUUGCAAAAGUUACUAGAGAUUAUUCUUUAGAUUUAUCAAGAAAAAAACUAGAAGAGGAUGAUGAUAAUAAUAAUAAUAAAGAGGGUAUUAUAGAUUGGGGAUCGGGGUAUCCUUCAGAUCCACGAACAUCCAAGUGGUUAAAGAGAUCAAUAAAUAAAAUAUUCGGAUGGAAUCAAUUUGUUAGGUUUUCAUGGCAGACUACUAAAGAUUGCUUGAAUAAGAAUAAUGGAAUUAAUGUAAUCUGGGAAGAUGAUUGUAUUAAAAAAGAAGCCUAUUCAAAUAUUAGC